AUUCACUCGGCCACAUUAUUUGUCUUAAAAAAAAGAAAUAAAUAUAUAAAUAGCUUGUGGCUACAAAAAAUCGUCUAAAAAAUAAGAAUUCAGACCCGAAAAGUAAAAAAAUAGUGCCAGCCAGCACUACUCGUUCGAGCCAUGUCUAAAUCCAGUGCAGCACGCUGGGUAAAGUUCUUCAAUGCUGCUGGCAUCCCAUCGCCGGCGGCCGCCGGUUAUGCUCAUGUAUUCGUGGAGAAUCGCAUCCAGGACGACAUGCUGCUGGAUCUCAACAAGGAGUACUUGCGGGAGAUGGGAAUCACCCCGAUGGGUGACAUAAUCGCCAUUCUCCGCCAUUCGAAGAGUGUCUGUGAGCAGAAUGCCCGGGACAAGGUUCUGACCCCGGAGCCAGUCCAGCCAGUUGCCUCCAGAGCGGUGGCUUCGCCGGUGGUCAAGUCGCAGGUCGCUUCGGUGGGCGCCAAAGCAAAGGUUUCGCCGCCCGCCAAGCCGGCGAGGCGGGUGCUGCCCGAGCACGAGGGAAAGUACAAAGUGACAUUACCCUCCGGAACCACGGAGCGCAGCAAACAGAUUUUGGCCAAGCGGGAGAAACUUUAUUCCGAUCGCGUGAGCAGCUCUAAAAAGACGGACAUCUUCUCACGCCUAAACGCAAACUCAGGCGAGGACGAGGCCCAGGAGGGCAUCGUCUCCAGCUCAGGCGAGAGCAACGUGCGGGUGCACAUCACCGGGGCAACAAAGCUGGCGGACACGUCCAGCAACAGUUCUGUAUUCGCGCGCCUCGGCGGAAAGCAGUCAACCGACUCGCCUGGCCAGGCCACCCUGACCAAGGAAAUUAAAUCCAUCCUGAAGAACAGUCAGCGAUCGGGGCUGGCCGGAGGUGUGACAAAGAACUCGCCCAUCGUCAAGGCCAAGAGGGUGGCGCCCGCAGCAUCUCUCAUGAAGUCGCAGCAGAAGGUUAUGCUCGUCCACAAGGUCCCACUAAAAAGGGGCGACGAUGAGGACGACAGCAUGAAUAAUGAUGAAAGCGAUGAGGACAACUACUUUUCCAGUGCUGAGAGCGAUGACAUCGAAAUGGCUGUCAGCGAGAAGAUUGUAAAGUUCGCCUCCACGGCGGAGGUUCGAGAAAUUGCCCCAGAGCCAUCAAACAAAUCCAGGCAGGGCAAGAACUUUGCCAAUAACAUCAAAUCAAGGCUGGGAAUGGUAUCCAAACUUCACGCCACCAAGAAGACCUACAACUUGAAGGCGUCGCCUACUAAGAAAGCACAGGGUCCCGUAAAGGGCAAAGCCAUACGUAUGAGAAGCGAUGAGUUAUUGACUCGCCAGGACACGCUGCCCGUACACAAGCGCCUAGGCAGCAAUAACUCAGCUACACCUCCCACCAGGCUUCCACCAGCACCGCACCGCCAGCACCAGCAGCAGCCGCAGCAGCAUCGGCGGGAGCCGCACCAGAAUAAAAAAUAUGCACCUCCACGGCGUCAUAACAGCAUGAAUGCUGGUUACAACAAGCCGCGCGGACAAUCCAACAGCUCUGUCUUUGACCGCCUGGGCUUUAAUAAUUCAAUGUAAGAAAUCUAAGUAAACUGAUGUCUCUAAUAGUUUGUUUUAAGUUCAAUGCCCUUAAUUAAUUUUGUCAGUAAAUCAUGUUCGAAAUAACUUA